AUGCGAGAUGGGUUCGUUGCAUUCCGCAGUUUUAGCAGUGAAGGAGAUGGAAAAAAUGGAAUUGACACUGAUGUUGUUACUUACAAUACACUUUUAGAUGCGUUUCACAAGAAUAAUAUGUCUUCUGAAGCUGAAAAAAUGUGGACUUUGAUGGAAAAGAAGAAUGUGAUUUCCAAUGUUAGGAGCUAUAAUUCGCGAAUACGCUGGUUGGUAGAAAACAAUCAGGUAGUAGAGGCCGAGGAAUUGUUUGAGGAGAUGAAGAAUAGGGGAAUAAAUCCUGAUACAUACAUUUAUAAUUCCAUGAUUAAAGCUUGUGCAAAGGAUGGCAAUUUGGAAUUGGCUAAAAUUUGGUAUGUUAUGUUGGAGGAAAUCGGUUGUGCUCCUAAUCGUCCCACAUUCAAGUUACUUAUUACGCUGGCAUGUGAUAAAGAUGAUCCUGAUUCUGCUUAUGACUUGUGCAAGAAGUGUAUUAAUUUGAAACUAAAUGUUUUUACUGGUACAAUCCAAAGGGUGGUUGAUGCGUUGGUUGAUCACUCGAUGAUCGAAGAAGCAAAGGAGCUUCUGGAGAUAGGAAAGAACUGUCCUUUCCGUUAUAAGCUGUCAAUGCCAAACGAUCUCCAGUAA